AUGCUGCAUCCCACCCCCGCAAGCCACCGCCGCCCCCAAGCCACCCUGUUCAGGGGCGCCGCUCUGCUCUCAAACUUUGCCUUCGAGGCAGCGAGCACCCUGCUGGAGGCGUGCCUGCGGCUGCUGGUGCGGUUCACGGGUGGGCGGUCCCGGCUGGGGGCGCAUCUUCUUCGGCGUGCUGACCUGGCAGCCGUCCUGGCGACGAUAGCAGACGCCGACGAGGCGGGGGAGGUUGUGGUCAUGUCCGCCGCGGGCCUCCUGAACAACCUGCUGUCCACAGGUAAUCGCACGGACGCGCUGCACCCCGCCGUCCGGGCCUUGAUCACCGUGGUUCUCGACCGCCGGCCCAAGCUGCUGCGCACCCUCGCACGCUGGGCCGCUGGGGGCGGCGAUGCCCGCCGUUUGCGCAACGCGACGGGGCUGAUCGCCGGGGUGUGCGGGCAGGAGCCGCGCGCUGGAUGGGAUGUGGUGAGGUCGCCCAAAGUGCUGAAGGCCCUUGUCAGCAGGCUGGACAGCGAGGAGGGCGUCCUGGAAUCCACGUCGGCACUGGUGGCCCUCACUUGGCCGACCGCCGGCGAGGAGCCCCCAGCGGGGAGCGGCAGCCGCUCGCGCGCAGCGGCGGUGUGGGAGGCGUGCGGGGGCACCGCAGUGCGGCGCCUGUGCGGCGUGAUGGCACGGCCGCAGCGGUACCCCGAGGUGUCCCAACAGGCCCUGGUCUCACUCAGCAGCAUAGUGGCCGCGGGAGGGGAGCCCGCCGCCGCGGCGCUCGUGGCGGAGGCGGCGAAGCGGCCCGCGGUCGUGGCCAGCAUCACGGCGGGGCUGAGCCCUGGAGCCAGCCUGGACGGACAGGAGGUGCAGCCGGGCAUGUUGGCGUGGUCGGAGUUUGUGGCCAAGAGCGGGAAGGGGUACAUGCUCUCGGGCGACGGCGGCGCCGCCGGCUCGUAUGUUGUCAGCAUCAUAGGUGCCGCGAUGCUCGCCCCAGGCGCCACGUGCAGCUGCAGCGGCGGCGGGGUGAGUGCUUUCGCGUACGCGCUUGCCGAGGCGGCGCCUGGCAUGGCGGCUGCCCUGCGUGAGGCGCCAGUCGACGGCUCUCUCAGGCCGGGCGUGGACCUGCUGGUUGAAAGGCUCGAGGCGGCGGCGCAGCGACAGGCACAGGACAUUCAGCAGCAGCAGCAGCAGCAGCAGCAGCAGCAGCAGCAGCAGCAGCAGCAGCAGCAGCAGCAGCAGCAGCAGCAGGCCAGCGGCAGCUCAGGCGCAACGGGCAGCAGGGUUGCACCAGCGGCGCCCAAAGGCAAAGCCACAACGGCGUGCGCCGUGUGCGGGAAGCUGGGCUGCGAUGGAGUCAAGCUGCGCAAGUGCGCUGGGUGCAUGGCGGUGAAGUACUGCAGUACUGAAUGUCAGAAGCAGCACUGGAACCAGGGCGGGCACAAGCAGGCCUGCAAGGGCAAGCCGUCGUAG